AUCCGUGUUUGGUAAACGCUUUGACAGGAAGAUGGCCGAGUUGGCUCAACUUAUGGAUCAAGAGAUCCCUGAUGGGCGACAACACCUUCAAGAUAGUUACAAAAACUUAGAAAAAGUAGCCCAGUAUUGCCGCGAGAAUUAUGUACAGGCCACGGACAAACGUGCUGCCCUGGAGGAAACCAAGAACUACACCACCCACUCCCUGGCCAGCGUGGCUUACCAGAUCAACAGCCUGGCCACCAACUUCCUAAAGCUGCUGGACCUUCAGCAGAAUCAGCUGGCAGAAAUGGAGUCAGGGGUCAACUACCUGGCACAGACUGUGAAUAUUCACAAAGAGAAGGUGGCACGAAGGGAGAUAGGGGUCCUAACUACCAACAGAAGCUCCACCCGACCAGCCGGUGUCAAGAACGGCAUCAUCUUCCCAGAACAAGCGGAGAAACCCACAAAAUACCAACGAAAACCAAUUGACUACUCUAGUCUUGAUGAAUUGGGUCACGGGGUCAGGGUACAGGAGCAAGGUAUCAUAAAGGGAUCUUCUAAACCUGCUCGCAGUCCUUCGGUCAGUAGUGGGUCAUCUGGACAAGCCCCUACCUCUCAUCCGCCCACCCCACCAAUGAACCGGGGUGGAGGGACCCUAGGACGAAGUGCUGGCAGUCACUACAGGACCCCUGCCCCACCAGUGGCCCCACCCUCUGUCCCAUCACAGUACGCCAGUAGUAACUACACCGUACAGACAACGGGACUACCAGGACAAUCCAGAGCUUCUCAAGUCAGGGGCAGUAACUAUGGUCAGAUGUCAGUCUCCUCAGUGACACCGGCUGCUGCUCCAGCACCGCCCCCUCCGGUAGGAAUGGCUACACCCAUGUCUCACCCCGGGGCUGGAAUACCUCAGGGUAGAUUGUCACAAUUGAAUUCGCAGUCCUCAAUAGACAAUUUACCACCACCCCCAACACCCGAGGCGGUUCCCGGAGGAGAUGUUUCUGGUGAAAUUCUGGAAGCCUCUCCACCUUUGCCUCCACCCCCACAGGACAAUGCACAGUACCCAUCCUAUCAGGAGCCCCCUCUCCCACCGCCAGAGUUUAUAGACGACCAGGAUGACAUGGGCUAUCGCCAGGAGGAGGACCCUUAUGCAGCCACUGGGCCAAACUUUGCCCAACCUGAUUGGAUACCAGAAUACUACAUAGAAAAAGUUAUUGCUAUUUAUGACUACCAAGCUGAGAAAGAGGAUGAGUUGUCAUUCAAUGAGAAUUCGUUGAUUUUUGUCACAAAGAAGAACGACGACGGAUGGUAUGAAGGCGUGAUGAACGGAGUCACAGGAUUGUUUCCUGGCAACUACGUGGAACCAUGCAUGUGAAUGGACAACUCAAAUUGGGCCGCAUAUUUUGAAAAUAAUCUUUUUAAAACUUUAAAAAGUUGCAUAAAAUGUUUUAAAAGUAUUCAUGUUUUGAAUUGUGUAAAUGUAUUAACAUGGCUUUUGUCAUUGGCAUUUAUCUCGAGACGAGUCUCCAUAUGAAAUGUAACCUGAUUAUUAGGUGUACUGAAGUUAAUAUUAUAUGAUUGUGUAUACAUUUAUCUCGAGACAAGCCUCAGUAUGAAAUGUAUUCUGAUUAUCAGGUCUACUGAAGUGAAUUUUAUAUAAUUAUGUAUACAUUUAUCUCGAGACAAGCCUCAGUAUGAAAUGUAAUAAGAUUAUCAGAUGUACUGAAGUUAAUUUUAUGUAAUUAUGUAUACAUUUAUCUCGAGACAAGUCUCAGUAUGAAAUGUAAUAAGAUUAUCAGAUGUACUGAAGUUAAUUUUAUGUAAUUAUGUAUACAUUUUAUUUGCAAAAUUUCAUUAUGUACACAAGCUUUAUUAGUUAUAAAAUUUUAUCCAUUCACUGUGCAAGUUUAAUUCCCAACAUUUUCAGUUCAGCUUAUUUAAAUCUCACUGAACAAUUCAACAUGAACAAUUCCCAUUACGGUACCUUUCAUGCUGUAUCUUAUAUUAGUGUACAUGAUUUUACCAGUGAAGUAAACUUAUAUUUCUACAUGUAAA